UCUCUCUCCCUAUCUAUUGCCUAUCUAUCUCUCACUCUCUCUCUCUCUCUCUCUAUCUCUAUCUUCGUCCUCUCUCUCUGAAAUCAAGCGCCGCCCGCUUCUGUGGGAAAACCCUAAGGCUCGUCGUCUUCCUCCAUUCUUUGAGUCCGCCGCCUUUCUCCGUUCUUCUCCUCCGCCGUGAUGAACCCUUCGUAUGGUUGGAAGGAAUAUCUGAGCGACGAAGUCAUUCCCGACACCGAAGAUUCUCUGUCGUCGUGGGGUGAUCCACCGCCCGUGUUUUUCCCUUUCUCCCUGUCGGAGACGUUUCCGGCGUCGCCUGAGGAGCGUGGUGGUGGCGCGUCAGAGAGCGAGGGCGUCCGAGAGUAUGAGGUAGCUGAGAGUCCUUCUCCUCCGUUUCGACCUCCGAUCAUCCGACGGCCCGCAAGGAUGAAAACGAGAAUGAGGUCUGGCGAACUCGGGGAUUUCGACCUUCUCUGUCAUGAAACUUGGGGAUCUGACUUUCUGAGCGAGGAAAACCCCAGAGGUCUGGCGAUCUCGGAGGAAUUGGAGGCGAACUCGGAGGAAUUGGAGGCGAUCUUGGAGGAACCAAACGAGUGGUGGCCCACUGCAUCCAAAGCCCACCUACGGAUGCUCGCACAUAUGUUCCCAAUUCUGUUUCCGCCCAAAUGCGCGAAACAGUUCGCCGGCAGACGUGGAACUUCUCCUCCAUAGCUUUCAUCUUCCCUCUUGGUGGCUUUCCAUUUUUGCUUUCAAGAAGAAGGAAUUGAAGCAUUGAAGACCUCUCCUCUGUUGUUAAAUCCUUUCUUCUCAUCUUUUUUUUUUGGCACUUGUUCAGCUCGCUUGAUAAUGAAAAAAUGGUGAGCAAACAAAUGCUCUGUAUAUAUAGCUGAUGUUGGACGCAUAUUGUAACAAUUUCAAAUUUAUGGAAUUAAAUGAUUAAG